UGACACCAGGCUAAAAUGAAUAACAUUCAACCUGAACCGUACCUCGGACAUGGUGCUAGACAACAUCCUCGACGAGGAAGGGAUCCGUUCUUUGUCGGCGACGUCCCUGACUACAGGGUGUUACAGCAUCAGCAUCAGCAUCCCCAAACGACAGGGAUACGUGUCAAAUACAAGUCCUCAAUCUUUAGUGGCUAUAAAGAAUGUGUGCUGAAACCAUUAAAGAGACAGGUUCUACACCAACGGGCCCAACAACGCGACAUUGCUGAAAAUAACAAACUGUUAAACGGGGAGCUGCAAGGAGAUGGUUUAAGUCCUACCUCAUUUAUAGGGACUGCGGAAAAGGUGAAUACUCAUAUGCAUAAUCAAAAUUUGAAAACAAAUCAAAAUAAGUCUCGCCAUUUAGCAGUGUAUGAAGACAAUGAAAUCGGCGAUGAGGAGGAGGAUUUCUUUGACAGCACAUCAAAUUAUCAAAGAAGUAGCAACGCCAGACGACGCUCCAUUGCAAGGAAAAGACGAAGGAAGAGCAGUGCGUUUCAACUGAAUGAGGAGGAGUUGAUGCAGGUGUACACAGACAGCAAGAAGGCUGUGACAGAGGAGGAGUUAUUAGAAAACCUACAGACACAAAAAGACAUAAUAGAUAACGUCAAGUUACAGCCAUGGGGGAUGUCAAAGAAGAUGAAAAUGCUGGGACUUGCUCAAGCCUACGUGGAGAAGUUUGAGGGGAAACUCUCUAGGAGCCAGGGCUAUCAACAGAAGUGGAGGACGUUUUUCCGUCAGCUCAAUAGAAACUGGAACAACCUUGUCGCUAUGUUGGUGCCCUGGGAGAUGCGGAUCAAGCGGAUAGAGAGUCACUUCGGGUCAGUGGUGGCCUCCUACUUUGUCUUCCUACGGUGGCUCAUCUGGAUCAAUAUAUGGCUCACCUUCUUGCCGCUCUGCUUCGUCAUCAUUCCCGAGCUAAUCGUGGGCGCCCCCCACGGCAACAUGACGAGAAAGACUGUGCCGGCAGAUGAGGAGGCCAAUUCAGCCGAUCUCAAAACAAUCUGGGACGCCGAGGGUAUACUCAAGUAUUCAGUAGUCUUUUAUGGUUACUAUGGUAACACCGGCGCAAUUGGAAGCGGAUAUCGUCUGCCGCUGGCUUAUCUUCUGACAUGUUUCAUGUCGUUUGCCCUCAGUUUCAUCUUUGUGCUCAAAACGAUGGCAUCCAACUCUCGCCAAAGUCGAAUGUCGACCAAAGACGAACAUUUCACCUUCUCGUGGAAACUGUUUACUGAGUGGGACUACAUGAUCGGAAACAAGGAGACAGCCAAUACGAAACACGCAUCUCUUGUCACCACAAUGAGGGAAGCCAUAUUGGAGGAAGAGGAGAAGACGAAAGAGGGAAACAAGCACCUGCUGCUGUUCCUGAGGGUGCUGGCCAAUGUCCUGGUGCUGAUGUCCUUGGCUCUCAGCGCCUACAUCAUCCAGCUGUUCGUGGACAGGUCGCGGAGGAUGGAGCUCAGUAAGCGACAGGACAAGAACUUCGUGGCCGGUUUCUGGGCAGAGAAUGAGCUGACGGUGAUAAUGACCCUGAUAUCCACCCUGUUCCCCAACAUCUCCGACCUGAUUUCCAUGAUGGAAAAGUACCAUCCCCGGAUCAACCUGCGACUCCAGCUCGCCAGGAUCUUCGCCCUCAACCUCCUCAAUCUUUACACCCUCUUCAUCGCCCUCUACAACAAGCAGGCUGACCUGAAAAAAGAGAUCCAGUCUGAGAGGGUCGCACUUCUUGCCAGCCUCGGGAACGACACCAUCCUUUGUUCCGACAUCAGCACAACAGUACCUACAGUCUCCGAGUCCCCAGUGGGACGCCAGAAUUGUACUGUCUUAGAAGAAACCUCCCACCUCUGCUGGGAAACAAUGAUUGGCCAGGAGGUGUUCAAGCUGACUGUCAUGGAUCUCAUCUUCACCAUGGGGCAGAUCGUCAUUAUCGACUUCAUCCGUGGCGUCUUCAUCCGCUACUGCAACAACAUCUGCUGCUGGGACAUGGAGAAGAAGUUUCCCGAAUAUCCGGACUUUAAGACCGCAGAGAAUCUCCUCCAUUUGAUCAACAACCAGGGCGUCAUAUGGCUUGGCACUUUCUUUGCUCCCGGACUUCCGGUUCUCAAUAUGUUCAAACUGAUGAUCUUGGUGUAUGUCCGAUGUUGGUCAGUCAUGGUGUGCAAUGUCCCCCAGGAAAGGAUAUUCCGAGCCUCGCGUUCUAACAACUUUUACUACGCACUACUUCUCGUCAUGUUGUUUCUGUGUAUGCUCCCGCCGUUGUUUGCUAUCGUGGGCGUGGAACCAUCGCCUAGAUGUGGGCCGUUCAGUGGCAUGGGAGCGAUGUACGAGGUCCUGACAGACGCGAUGCAGAGCGGGCUACCGUCAUGGGUCAACUCCAUUCUGAAAUACGCCGCCUCCCCUGCAAUCAUCAUCCCAGUCUUCCUCCUGCUGCUGAUGACGAUAUACUACCUAGUGUCUGUGGGACGGUCCCUAAGAGAGUCCAAUAACGACCUGCGCAAUCAGUUGGAAUAUGAAAGGACAGACGGCAGAAGAAAAGUCUACGCUAUGGCAGACGCUAAACAUGACACUGAGGGUGACGGAGUUAUUCAGAGGAAAGGACCAGCUGUGGCCCCAAAACCUAGGGCCAAGAAGAAAGACAUGACUAAUGCAGUAUCAUCAGUCCUGACAGCAGCUCGGUUGGCAAAGAUGAUGUCAGGAGGUGCCGAUCCCCCAAAGGUGAUCACUGCAUCUCCAUCACCAGAUCAACACAAAAUCCCUGUUGCAGUAGUGCAUGGGAAGAAGUCAGUGAAGGAGAGGGCCAGCAAAGAAAUACUUCUCAGGGAUGCAGUCCACAGGCAGGAGCACCAACUAGCCAAGUACAAUCAAGGCUAUGACCCAGCAGGUGACGAUGAAGGGACCCAACUAGCACAGGAUGAUCUGACCAACGGGCUGCUAAAGAUGCUCGUCACUAAAUCAAAGAUGAAACGGCCCCAUGGAAGGAGAUCGCACACAAACACAGUGCAACAAAACAUAGAAGUGGAAGAAUCAUCAGACGAUCCAGAGGUUACUCUGAGAUCAUCUCAAGAAAGUAGGACAAAAUCUGCCGAGAAACUAGUUCCAAAUAGGAAACGCAGCAAGAACGUCUUGGCUCAGCCCCAGGAAAGACGUUCCAGAAGCUCCAGCAAGGAAGGCCGUGCAAGGAAAAGCAAGAACACCUCUGUUGAGAUCGUCAAUGAAACGGUGCAGGCAGAGGUCAAUGUGUGUCCUCCGAGCAAUGUGAAAAAGUCCUCAUCUCAGACUAAUGUGAGGCAGUCCAGAUCUGAAGACAAUGUGAAACUGUCUAAUUCUCGGAACAAUUUGAGCUCCAAAAGGAGCGUAACAAAAGCUAUUCCUAAGAUUACAGUUGAGGACUGCAGUGAUGACAAUACCGACAGCAAAAGGUUAGUUGGGGAAGACAGUUCUGAUUCGGAGAGCUCCAGCAGUAGCCAGGACAACAGUAUAAACCAGGACAAUCUCAACCUAUCUUUUGCCUCGGACAAUAUGUCGGAUAGCAGAUCUCCAGAGAUUGACACAUCUAGGCAGAAAUUUGCAAGUCUUCUGUCAUUUUUCAAAGAGUCUGAAAGUGAUGGUGGUAGCUCAGACGACCAAAACAGUCCUGAUGCUAUAGCAGCCCGGAGAAGGUUUGCAUCAGCUUUUACUCAAUUCAGCAAGAGGUAGAAGCAUCUCCUUCUGAACUAUGAAAUAGGGCAAACAAACUUCUUUCAAUUUGAUUGAUGUAACUGCUUUCUGGGUUUCAUUAAAAAAAGAACACAUAUCAAUUUCAAAGGCUGCUAUGUAAACAGGCUUUCUGGCAAGUCAGCCGAUGAUAUGUACAUAGAUACACACAAAAAUAAACUACUUAUCCAUUUC